AUGCAUCUAUUGCAAUUCCUACGAUUUUCCCACACAAUGAAUGUGCCGGCUUUGGGCGAUUCUAUAAGCGAGGGUACUCUUACUAAAUGGGAAGCGGGCAUUGGAGACUACGUACAUGUGGAUCAGCCAAUUGCCAUCGUAGAAACGGAUAAAGUGACAGUAGACAUAAACUCAACCCACUCGGGAGUAAUUGAAAAGCAACACGUCAAUGCAGGCGAAACUAUUUACGUCGGUAAGCCCCUAUGCGACAUUGACACUGAAGCCACGGCGCCAAGCGUACCGUCAGGAACGAUAAAGAGUGCUAAAACGCCAGUAGUUAAAUCUAAUGAAGCUUUAGAGAAAUCUAAAGCUGAUUCUGAAUCUGAUAAGUCUGCUUUUACCAGUAAAAAUGUCCCGAGUGGUGGUUCUACUAGAGUACCCAUGAGCAGGAUGAGGAUGACGAUUGCCGAUCGCCUUAAGAGGUCCCAAAAUAACAUAGUUAUGCUAACUACAUUCAACGAGUGUGAUAUGAGCAACAUUUUGGCACUUCAAUCACAAUUGAAUCCCAUAUACAAGGCUGAUGGGAUCAAAUUAGGCUUCGUCUCAGCCUUUAUGGCUGCCUCAUCUAGAGCUUUGAUGAGAAUGCCUGUCAUGAAUGCCUACAUCGAUGGAGAUGAAAUUGUGUAUAAUAAUUUUGUGGAUAUUUCUGUUGCGGUAGCCACUGAAAACGGAUUGUUGGUGCCAGUCAUUCGAAACUGCGUUGGGAAAUCAUGGUUACAGCUGCAAAUGGAGUUGGUGGAUGUGGCUAAAAGAGCUAGGGAAAACAAGUUGUCACUGUCUGAAAUGGCAGGGGGCACUUUUACAAUCUCAAACGGUGGUGUGUACGGAAGUUUGAUGAGUACGCCCAUUGUUAACCCGCCCCAAUCUUCUAUACUAGGAAUGCACUCCAUAACAAAGAGGCCCGUCGUAAGAGAAGACGCCAUAGUCAUCCGUCCGAUUAUGAACCUGGCGUUAUCCUACGACCACAGGCUGAUCGACGGAAAGGAUGCUGUAUCAUUUCUCUGUGCCAUUAAGGACAUAAUCGAAUCCCCAGGGCAGCUUUUGGUUGAGUCCUAA